GAGGAAGUGAGUGAAAAGAGAAAACGGAGCAAUCGAGCGGAGCGGCCGAAGCGGGCGAGCCAGGGCUAAAAAACAUCACUCAACUCGUCUUGACUACCCGGGCUAACUUUAGCUACAUGUGCUGAGGUCGAGGGGGGAAACUGAUCUCACCUGCAACCAUGCCGACAGUUACUUUACCGCCGAAAGAGAACGCUCUCUUCAAGAGGAUCCUGCGAUGUUACGAACACAAACAAUACAGAAAUGGGCUCAAGUUCUGCAAACAAAUCCUGUCCAACCCCAAGUUUGCUGAGCAUGGAGAGACCCUGGCAAUGAAGGGCUUGACCCUGAACUGUUUGGGGAAGAAGGAGGAGGCAUACGACCUGGUGAGGAGAGGCCUGCGCAAUGACCUCAAGAGCCACGUCUGCUGGCACGUGUACGGUUUACUCCAGCGCUCGGACAAGAAGUACGAUGAGGCCAUCAAGUGUUACCGCAACGCUCUCAAGUGGGACAAGGACAACCUGCAGAUCCUCCGAGACCUGUCCCUGCUGCAGAUCCAGAUGAGGGACCUGGAGGGCUACAGGGAGACACGGUACCAGCUGCUGCAGCUGCGUCCAGCCCAGCGGGCCUCCUGGAUCGGCUACGCCAUCGCCUAUCACCUCCUGGAAGACUAUGAGAUGGCAGCAAAGAUCAUUGAGGAAUUCAGGAAAACACAACAGACGUCUCCGGACAAAGUGGACUACGAGUACAGCGAGCUGCUGCUCUACCAGAACCAGGUGCUGAGAGAAGCAGGUUUGCACAAGGAGGCCCUCGAGCAUCUGUCCAACUACGAGAAGCAGAUCUGCGAUAAACUGGCAGUGGAGGAGACGCGAGGAGAGUUACUGUUGAAGCUGGAGCGUCUGGAUGAAGCAACAGAAGUCUACCGCCGUCUGCUGGAGAGGAACCCAGAGAACUGGUCCUAUUAUCACGGCCUGGAGAAGGCCCUCAAACCAAGUACUGUAGAGGAGAGAUACAAAAUCUUUGAAGAAGCCUGGGAGAAAUUUCCCAAAGGGCUGGUGCCUCGCCGCCUACCCCUCAACUUCCUUUCUGGUGACAAGUUCAGAGAGUGUCUGGACGUGGCAAUUAUAGAGGAACUGGUGGUCGGCUAUGAAACCUCAUUAAAAAGCUGCCGAAUGUUCAACCAGAACGAUGACGGUAAGGAGGAGCCACCAACCACAUUGCUCUGGGUGCAGUACUUCCUGGCGCAGCACUAUGACAUGAUCGGCCAGCAGACGCUGGCUCUAGAAUAUAUCAACGCGGCCAUCGAGAGCACGCCCACGCUCAUCGAGCUCUUCCUCAUCAAAGCCAAGAUUUACAAGCAUGCUGGCAACAUCAAAGAGGCUGCCCAGUGGAUGGAUGAGGCCCAGGCUCUGGACACCGCUGACAGAUUCAUCAACUCCAAGUGUGCCAAGUACAUGCUGAAGGCGACCAUGAUCAAAGAGGCCGAGGAAAUGUGCUCCAAGUUCACCCGGGUGGACCUGCUGAAGCUGGAGGAUGUGCUCCGGAUGCACCCGUUCUACUACAAGGCCGCAAUCACGGCCAUCCAGAUCUACCUGAGCCUCCAUGACAAUCCGCUGACGGAUGACAGCAAAGAGCUGCAGGCGGACACUGCAAACCUAUCGGACAAAGAGCUGAAAAAGCUGAGGAACAAGCAGCGAAGAGCCCAGAAGAAGGCCCAGCUGGAGGAAGAGAAGAAGAACGCGGAGAAGGAGAAGCAACUCAAGAACCAGAAAAAGAAGAAGGAGGAUGACGACGAGGAGAUCGGAGGGCCCAAAGAAGAGCUCAUUCCUGACAAGCUGGUGAAGGUAGAAAAUCCACUGGAAGAAGCCAUCAAGUUCCUGACGCCUCUCAAGCACCUGGUCAAAGACAAGAUUGACACCCACCUACUGGCCUUUGAGAUCUACUUCAGGAAAGAAAAGUACCUGUUGAUGCUCCAGUCAGUGAAGAGAGCUUUGGCAAUCGACCCCGACCAUCCGUGGCUGCACCAGUGUCUCGUACGCUUCUUUAAAGGCGUUUCAGAGAGCAAGGAGCUUCCAGAGGUGGUCAGGACGGUGCUGAAGCAGGAGAUCACCCGGCUGUUCGGAGACAGCAACGCUAAGAGCUUCAACCAGGCCUACCUCACCAAGCACUCCAGCUCCAUACCACACAGACUGGCUGGUAAGUCUCUUUGA